GGAGCACAAGUGGCUAGCAAGGAAGGCAUUUAUUAGGGCUGGGGGUUUAAUUAUCGGAGCAAGGAGGUCACGGAAAGCGCUGACCUUUAAGUACUAAAAGGAGAAAAUGGGAGAAUUAUGGGUUCGGAUUGGUGCAGGUUUGCAAUAUGUGGGGGGAACGGAGUAGGAAAAGGGGUUUGCCGAUGGGAAUCAAUGGCGGAAUCUUUUGUGAACAGGAAUAUUGCAGAGAUGGAGAGCUUUUGUCCGUCUCUGAGCAGAGCAGAGAUGGUGGCCAAGGGAGGGGAGGUGGGAUGAGGGGAGAACUACUGAAAGAGGCUGGUCGCUAUUGCUAUUCGAAUGUUGGGUGUGCAAUUUGUCGCUCAGGGAUAAGGAACCGGACACCUGGCCCUGCGAGCUGCCGAGCUUCACCGUUCGAAGCGAGGGACCGCAAGAGACAGACGGGCCGGGCAACUGGAUUGGAUUGCAAUUUCUCGUCUCCGUGCCCUCUCCGGAUCCUCUGCCUUUCCUCAUUCUUGUCUUGCGGUUUGUUUAGCUGCUCCACAGAGAGUCGUCUAGGCAGAUAGCGAGCAGGGCAGGGCUCCUCUAUGCUGAAUCGUAAACCCUAAGGUCUUCUCCAGAGCGGUGCUGCUGCUCAGCACGGUUCUUUUGCGUCCGUAGCAUCGAUGGGUAAGUCAAGUGGUAAGAAGAAGAAGGCGAAUUCGGCCUCUGGCGAAGGGGCGACAAAAGUUGACCCUGAUGAUGCGGUCUUUCUCAAGAGAGCUCACGAACUUAAGGAUGAAGGAAACAGGCGUUUCCAAGCGAAGGACUACAUGGGGGCUCUCGACAAUUAUGAUCAAGCCCUCAAAUUGACUCCAGAAGGUCAUCCAGACAGAGCCGUAUUCCACAGCAAUCGAGCUGCCUGUCUUCUUCAAGUAAAGCCCGUCAUAUAUGAUAAUGUUAUUAUGGAAUGCACGCUCGCGCUUGAAGCGCAUCCCAAGUUCGGAAAGGCUCUAUAUCGACGAGCACGUGCUUAUGAAGCCAUGGGCAAGUUGCAGUUGGCACUUGCCGACGUUCAGUUCCUACUCCAGUCGGAGUCCAGUAAUCAAGAAGCAUUGGAACUUGGAAAGCGCCUGAGAGCGGCACUCGGAAACAUUGAAGGAGCUCAACAAGACACCCAAUGGCGAUCUUCAGUUUCUCUUCAUGCAUCUCCUCCAGAUACUGCCACUUCACCUGCAACUCCAGGAGCUGAUGGUGCCCCUGGUCAAAGUGGCCGAGGGCCAACUCUUCCUGCCAGGCCUCCGGGUAAGAAAAAAGGACGCACAACCACCGAUUCAGAAGCUACGUUGCGCACCGCAGGAGAGACUGGAACUUCUGUUCCAUCUGUCACCCAUAACACACCUCAACCAGAAAUGUCUAAAAGUGGUGGAUCUAAAGUUGCCUCAAACAACCCUGUAAACCGGGAUGAGAAGAAGCUGUCAAAUAGAAGCAUUUCACGUGAAGAAGCCGCGAAGCACACACCAAGGCUCCUGAAGCUAGUUUUUGGUCACGAUAUUAGACGUGCGGAAGUAUUUGGAAACUGCGGGUUUGGUGAUCUGCGUGAGGUCGUGAGGAAGCGGUUCCCUGGACUCAAGACGGUGCUGAUCAAGUACCAAGAUCCAGAUGGCGAUCUAGUCACGAUAACCAGUAGAGAGGAACUACGGCUUGCAGAAGCAGCCGCCGAUGAAGCAGGUAGGAGCAAGAAGCUAGAUGCAGGGGACACGCCGGUACCAGACGCCAGUGAAAAGCAAGUGCCAUUGCCCAUUCCAACCAGCGUACCUGAGCUCGUGAGGUUGUACUUAGUCGAAUGCACUCCGGAGCAGGAGCCACCUAUUCCUGAGGAUGAUGAAAUUGUGAUUCUUGAAGAGGACGACGUGGUUGAGUCUCUUGGAGAAGAUAUGGUCACCGAGUCACUGGAAGUACUGCCGGAUUCUGAGAAGGAUGUCACUUUGCCAGAGGAUGGGCAAGUUGCGGAGGCCAAGACAAGUAAGUCUGCUAAGAAGGAAGAUGGACAGCCUGCUGGGGAGGAGAUGGAGAUCGAUGAUUGGCUGUUUGAUUUUGCCCAACUCUUCCGCAGUCAUGUGGGAAUUGACCCCGAUGGGCACGUAGAUUUCCAUGAAUUGGGCAUGGAGCUUUGUUCGGAGGCACUAGAGGCAGCUGUUACCAGUGAUGAAGCACAGCCUCUUUUUGAAGCUGCCGCAGCCAAGUUCCAGGAAGUGGCCGCGUUGGCCCUUUUCAAUUGGGGAAAUGUGUACAUGUGUGCUGCACGGAAGAGAAUGCCCAUGGAAGAGGCAGGAGGCAAACCGGAAUCUAAGGACCAGUUACAGGCCGCGUUUGAGUGGGCAGAGAGUCAUUACAAGCUUGCCGGUCAGAAAUACGAGGAAGCCUUGAGAAUCAAACCAGAUUUCUACGAGGGUGUUCUAGCCCUUGGACAGGAGAAGUUUGAGAGCGCCAAGCUGCAGUGGGCCGCUGCCGUUGCAGGAGGCGUAGACCUGAAGAGCUGGGACUCAUCAGAAACUUUGAGUCUAUAUCGCUUCGCCGAAGAGAGGAUGCAGACUGCUGCUGAGAUGUGGGAGCAACUGGAGGCACAGCAACAAGGAGCCGAGGCCACUUCUAAAGUAAGAAAGGAACAGGUGAAACCUGAGACCUCCAACGACGAUGGUGCUAGUGCGUCGGAAGCUGCAGAUCAGGGAGCAGCCAUGAGGUCUCAGAUCAAUCUUUUUUGGGGAAAUGUUCUUUUUGAGCAUUCUCAAGUGGAGUAUCGCCUGGGGCUGAACACUUGGAGAAGUCUGCUGGACGUGGCGGUGGAAAAGUUUGUUGCUGCAGGAGCCUCGGCUGAGGAAAUUGAGGGUGCUUUAAAGAACCAUCCAGCAAACCUUGCGAAGGAGAAAACGGAAAAUAGCUUGCCAUUAGAUGAGCCGAGUACAUCAGUUGUAGACAAGAACGGGAAUUCUCCGGAUCCUGUCAACGAGAAUGGUCUCCUAAAGGCUGAUGAGGAUCCGAAAGCUAACAAAAGCACAGUAACUAGUAGUGCUGUACAGAUUGAACCUAAGAUUAUUGGUGGAGAUGCUCCCGGUAUAGUGGCUAAGGAUACGGAAAAUCAGACGAAAGAAGACCUGCCCGAGACUGCGAGCGUAGACAGAGAAGAUGGUCAGGGCAAUGGCAGAGAUGGACCAUCUUCCAAGGCCAUUUGUGAUGACGGAUUAGUUGACACACCUUUAGAAGACUCUACCACUAAGAGCAGCAAGAAAGGAGCUAAUUCUUCAGCGGCAUCAGGUUCUCAUAAAGCGUCUACAGAGGACAAGCCUCGUCCUAAAAGAGCAGAGAAGAAAAGGUCACAAGGUAGUUGAAACAGGAGAGUUUGUUUUGUGCUGCAGUUGGAAUAUAAACAACUGGGGCCAGUCGGCUAUACUUCCCCGAGUGACCUGUGUUUGAAAAACUCAGCACAGGAUAUGGGGAGUGUUUUUGUACACUCUGUGUUCCUUUAUGAACACAGAUUCCACUGAGUCGAAAUAGUUGAGAAAGGGUGCUCAUUCCCAAGUUUUUGGGGUCACCCGGGAAUAGCGAAGGUUUUGAGUCAAUAGUGAUUCAUUCCCCUGGGUGAAUUUCUCGUCACAUGCCUGAGAACACUAGAACAAGCACCAAUAACAUGGUUAGUGGCAUUCGGCAGCGCUCCAGCUUUCGUUAAGAAUUAUUUGGCUAUAGCAAGUAGUUGCCAGAAACCAUCAGAUUGUUUUCCACUGGUGAGUACUUCGGCAAAUUGUUCGUUAUGGUUCACACGAGGAGUAUGGAAGUAGACUCAUACCUUCGGGUUCCUGCCGAGACCAGAUCCUAGGCACUUGGCCUUUAUGGUCCAUCGUCAGGUUCUAAUUGUGCGGGGGAGACUCUUGUGCUGGUAAGCGGGUGCCGAAGGAGGAACAUGCUGAUAAAGAGUUCACCAUCGGACUCAUAACGAUUAGUUUUGUGUCCGUUUCAUUCAUUAGUCCUCGGCAACAAUUAAAUUGGUUCUUAUAUUGGAUUCAGAAGACAACUUAGGCUUCAGUUUAGUCCUGUGUAUGCCGAUAGAGGUUUUAUCCUCUGCUUCAAUCUCACGCAGCUUGGGCAUUUUGAGGUCGAAGCAACCGUCCGUUGAGGCUCACGCUGUAGUGCGAAGCUAUGAGUAUUAUCCGAGGCUUCUGAAGCUAGGUUGAUGGGCAGAUGUUGGUAUCUGACAUCGUUACCGGUCAGUUUCGAACAUUCAUUGUUUAGUGGAUUGCAACAGUUCAAUUUUCCUUGUUUCAGGAAUGACAGACAUUGGCUGGAUUUGAUUGUUUUGCAUCCACUUCCCAGCAUAAAGGAG